AUGUACAAAAAACUUCUGAAAAUUGUUCAAAAUACAAAUGCACAAACAGAACAGCCAAGUAAUUCUUACAAAGAUGAACUUCCAACUACCUCACGGCGUGUUCAGGCAAACUGCUCUACGAGCAACGAAAACAUUUUAUUGCGCACAGCUUUAAUGCAAAUAGAGCAUCAAGGCGAAAUUUUCACGAUAAGAGCUUUAAUAGAUCCAGGCUCUCAAAGAACAUUCAUAACAGAAAGAAUAAGAAUUCGGUUACAGUUGCCUUAUAGAAAUUCACAUUUUGAAAUUAUUGGAAUAGGAGGUCAAAAACAAUCAGCUAAAAAAGAGUGUGAUUUUACAUUAUUUGCAAGAAAAUACAAUCUGAGAGUCCCAAUUAAGGCAAUUGUUUUAUCAAAUGUUACUAAAACACUUCCAGCGGUUACGUUUAAUGUCCCAUAUUCAGCAGAACUUAGAAAAUUGGAUUUAGCAGACCCGAAUUUUAAUAAAUCUUCCCAAAUUGAUCUUAUUCUUGGCAAUGAUUAUGAAAAUUGUCUAAACCUCGAAGGGAUAAAGAAAAAUAUAUGUGGCCAAACAUCAGCGUACAAAACUAUAUUUGGAUGGGUGCUUAGUGGACCGAUGAAAACGGAAACUGUUCAAACAUUCACAACUGCUGUUACUUCAUCAGAAUCUUCAGAAAUCAGCACACUAUUGAAGAAAUUUUGGGAGCAAGAGGAAAUACCAAAAACUCGACUUAAAUCCGAAGAAGAUGAUUUUGUUGAACAAUUCUACACUAAAACAACUACUCGAAACAAAGAUGGACGAUAUAUGGUAAGGCUACCAUUCAAAAGGGAAUAUCCCGAAUCGGUUUUCUUAGGAUCAUCUAGAUUCAUCGCACUUGCUCAAUAUGCCAGUAUGGACAAAACUUUAGGAAAGAAUAAAGAAUUGCAAGCUGAAUAUAAAGCUGUUUUGGAUGAGUAUUUAACUCUCGAUCAUAUGGAAGAAACAACCCCAAACGAAAUCAAUUCUGAAGGUAAACAUAGCUCUUUCUAUUUGCCCCAUCACGCGGUUGUGCGACCAGAACAUAAAACUACAAAGGUAAGAAUUGUGUUCAAUGCCUCUAGGAAAACCAAAUCCAAAUCCAAAUUUUAA